CCAGCAGGCGAUGAUGUGCAGAGUCACCAUGGUGUUGCUUUUGCCGAUGCUGGUGUGGGCGGGGACAGAAUGCCAAGCUCACUGUUUCCUUACCAACAUCUCCUUCACCGUGGAGAGCGACGAGUGUAGCAGCUGCAUCACCAUCAACACCACAGCCUGCGCCGGCCUCUGUAAGACCCAGCAGCGAGCGUAUCGCAGCCCGAUUGAACCGUACUUACAGGACACCUGUAAUUUCGAGAACUGGACAUAUGAGACUAUCCAGCUGCCAGGCUGUGCUCCGGGAGUUGACUCGUCCUUCACCUACCCUGUGGCCCUGAGCUGUAAGUGCAGCCAGUGUAACACAGAAAACACAGACUGCGGCACUUUCAGCAUGCAGCCAAAUAGCUGCCACACACAUGCCUACUACUGA